AUGUCUACCAUGUCUCGCACUGUCUUGGCUUUAGGCCUUGCCCUCAGCGCCUCCGCCGCUAAGAACUCCAUUGUGGCCCCGACUGGCGCGGAAACGCUCACUGUUGCUCUUCUUGGAGACUAUGGCUGGACCGGUUGGCAGCCUUUGCCAUUAGACUUCUGCAACACUGCCACGCCCAAGCUCCAGGCUGCAGGUGUAGAGAUUCCUCGCGCUCUGCAAAAUGACUGCGAUGCCGGCGACCGCCAGGCAAUCAGCAAUGCUACAAUCGAAGAAACUCGUACCGCCCGGUAUAUCGAGAAGGUCUGUCUCCAAAAGAACUGCUCUGCCUUCAUUUCAGUUGGCGACAACUUUUACGACAGUGGCGUCGACUUCACCUCGGAAGGCAUUCAGCGCUUCUACGAAGGGUGGGCCGACAUGUACGUUGGCGAAGCCUUCGACGGCAAACCCUGGUACCAGGCAUUAGGUAACCACGAUAUCGUCGCUGGGCAGGCCGGUGUCGACUUCCAAACUCGCAUUGCCCCCUUGAUGGAGGACCGAUGGUACUUUGGCAAUGACAACCUACCCUAUUACACCUACGACUUAACCGGAUCCAACUGGAGCGCGACCUUCGUGGUUGUCGACUCCGACUGCUUCAUCAACAAAUAUCAGGAUAACAGCUCUGUCUAUAACACCGACUACGUCAUUUCGUGCCACAAAGAUACCAACACGCAAGUUGAGUUCCUGCGCAAGUCAUUCGCCGAGUCCGAUGCCACCUGGAAGAUUCUGCAAAUUCACCAUGGAUACAUCUCUUCCUCGUCCAACUAUACCGAGCUCCAGCCACUUAUUGAUGUCGUUCGUGAAAAUAACGGGGUGGUUGUUAAUGGCCACGAUCACUGCAUGGCACACUACCAGUAUCAGGGAAUGGACUUUGUUCUGACUGGUGGUGCUGGCUACGCUGAGGCCGGUGACUGCAACUACGGUGUCCCUCUCGGGCCCUAUGCUAAAUGGCUUGGUGCUGAUGCCAUGCAGGCAGCUAACGGCUUUGUCACUUUGGAUAUCAGUUAUGAAUCUUUGAACUUCGAGUACUACGCUCGUGACAUGAAGCUCAAGGGCGCUGAUUACUACCCCGUCAAGAACGAUAUGAAACCAUCAUACAACUUUAGCGUUACCAAGCAUGCCGCCAAGGGCAGCCACUAA